UUGGCUAGCGAUCGAACCCUAUUGCAUUAUACAAAGUGCCCCAUUGUGUUCUACAUGCCCAAAAGAGGUCUGACGGCGGUAGGGUAGCCGACAUGGCACCCUACCCUGGCCGUCUGGAAUAAUUAUCAGGCGAUCCGCGGCCAGGUCGACAUCCCACAGAAAAAUAUGCAGAAGAAAUAAAAGCGCAUUCCGGCACUUUUGAAUGCUACCCGGCUUCGAAGAACUCGUAUUGCUGAUGAACAAUAUCAUAUUCUGAAGCCGCGGGCCUUCGACACAUGUGAUACCAGGAGCACUACUUAAGCUGAGCGCUAUAUGUCGCUCAUCUUCAUCCUCUUGUUGACUCGGGCGUUGGACCAUGUUUCAACUCUAUGUAUUCCUGUUUUUUCUGGCAAGCCUCCAGAGUCACGCCGUGACUAUUGGCCCAGUUUCUGACCUCGUCGUUGCCAAUUGUGAUGUAUCUCCAGACGGGUUCACCAGGUCGGCAGUUCUUGCCGGCGGCACUAAUCCUGGGCCCACUAUAGUCGCUCAGAAGGUAGCAUCUGCUUUGCAUGCACAACUCUUCGUUGACCUCAUGUGUAUUAAGGGGGAUACAUUCAAGAUUAACGUCACGAAUCAAUUGAGUAACGAGUCGAUGCUAACGAGUACCAGUAUCCACUGGCAUGGACUCGCCCAACAGCAUAGUAACCAAAUGGAUGGCACGGCAUUUGUUACGCAAUGUCCGAUCGCUCCGGGUCACUCUUUUUUAUACGAGUUCAAUGCUGGCAAUCAAGUAGGAACCUACUGGUACCACUCUCAUUAUGGAGACCAAUACUGUGACGGUCUACGUGGUCCGUUGAUCAUCUACGAUCCCCACGACCCAUACCGUUCAUUGUACGAUAUUGAUGACGAGUCUACCAUUAUCACAUUGACGGACUGGUAUAACGUACCAUCGCCUCAAGUACAUGAACCAGCGCUUCCCGACUCAGUGCUUAUUAACAAUGUCGGGCGUUAUGAUGGAGGGCCGGAUGUACCUUUCGCCGUCAUCGAUGUUCAGCCACGAAAGCGAUAUCGUUUCCGCUUACUGAGCAUGGCGUGCAAGCCCAACUACAUUUUCUCGAUUGAUGGUCAUAAUCUUACCAUAAUCGAAGUUGAUGGCCACUACGUCAAGCCGCUCAUAGUAGACUCUAUUCAGAUCUACACUGGACAACGAUACUCCUUCAUUCUUGAGACAGACCAGACUGUCGACAACUAUUGGGUGCAUGCCAAUCCCGAUCUGGGCACAAAUGCCACAGCCAUCUUACGAUAUGCAGGCUCUCCCAAUGCAGACCCCAAGAACAGGACAACCUUAAACUCGGUAGCUCUGAAUGAGACUAACCUACACCCCCUAUCUCCAGUUUCGUCACGUUUACUGGGGGAACCAGACGUCAAACUUGACCUUGUGCUUGGGUCUAAUAAGACCACUUUCACCUUCUCCAUCAAUGGUGUCCAAUACACUCCUCCCAGUGUUCCUGUUCUACUGCAGAUACUGAGCGGCGCUAUGACGGCAGCGGAUCUUGCACCUAACGGCACCGUAUAUGUUCUGCCACGGAAUAAGGUUAUUGAAAUUACAUUCAAUACCAAUAUCUCAUCAGGGGACCCUCAUCCAUUCCACCUGCAUGGGCACAGCUUCAUUGUCGUCAGAAGCGCUGGAAGUAGCGGUUAUAACUAUGUAGACCCUGUCACGCGUGAUACCGUGUCCGCAGGCAACCUCGGUAAUUAUGCGACUAUCCGCUUCAUCACCGACAAUCCUGGGCCUUGGUUUUUGCAUUGUCACAUCAAUUGGCAUAUAUCCGAGGGAUUAGCUAUAGUAUUUGCGGAGGCUCCUGAAGACGUGGCGGCUUCGCAGCCUGUCAAUGAUGCCUGGAAGCAGCUCUGUCCAAUAUUCAAUAGCCUUCCUCAGCAAAGUUUCACCUCGCGUUGAUUGAUAUUUUUUAUAUUGGUUUAUGCCUCCUUUUGUUAUAGGGAACAUUCAGAUGCAAUUUGUAGAUUUAUGAUAAAGUAGGGUGCUUUGGAUGUCGUUACCUACAUGGAUACGUAGAAGUCCGAGAUUGAUUCAAAAGAACAAUCCGGCCGUAUUCCUCAUUUGCUCACAGGGGCUAAUGGCUCUGGGCACAAGAUCUCGUGCCCGCGAAUAAAUAUAUCUCUGAACCUUUCAAA